AUGGACCACGUGUACUCCAACUCCACCUGCAACAUCGUUGCCGCACACUCCGAGGGACCCGAUGGUGGACUCUUCACAGCGAGAGACCCAUCCGUCUUGGAAUCGUUGGUUGUUUGCUCAGAGAGAACGGAUAUCCCGUCUCGCGAAUACACCGUCUGGGAUCACACGUCCAUCCUAAACGACUACAACAGAGCCCCGCUGUACAAGCGCGGUUGGGUCUUCCAAGAGCGCUUACUGCCCAAAGGGACUCUUCACUUCGAGCACCUGGUUGAGGAGUACUCGGGCUGUAGCUUGACCUACGAAAAGGACAAGCUCGCGGCCUUGAAUGGAAUGACCGGCAUCUUUUCUAAUACCUCCUUGAGUCGAUACAUUUACGGUAUCUGGAAUACACACAUCGCCCGACAAAUAUGCUGGAGCUUGAACCCUGCGGCGGAAAAGAAGCCCCGACCUGCUCAUCCCGCCCCAUCUUGGUCGUGGGCUUCCGUGCAAGGCAAGGUCUCGUUCAAGGCCAUCGUGAACAGCGACGAGAGCAUCUUACAUCUCGCGCGUCAUAUCUACCAUAGCGCCCAUAGCGAUGCUCCCGCAGGACGCCGCAUACCACUCGGAGGCUAUAUCGGCAUGAGCGGCAGCGUUUAUACUCUCAAAGUGUCGGACAUGCCCAACGACGGGGUUUCGCUGAGUCUUGAUGGAAGGUCGGAGCGACUGGACUACAACCCUUUCGUCUUUGACUUUUAUCGGAAGGAUUUACUCCCCAUGGAGGUGGUCAUCUUACCACUCAUGUGUACCAGGGAACCUCCCGUCAACGCAGAGGGCGUCGAGAUUGCCGGUUUGAUAUUGCAUCCUUUGGGCUACAUCAUCGACGACUGCGGGAACAUGGCACUUCGAGGAUCCUACAGGCCCAUCCACCUUGUCCCUAAUAACCCAGGCUGA